AUGGAGGGCCGGCCACUUCCUGCAUUUCUCCCGAGGUUGAGGGACCGCCUUUUGUACCAUGAUUAUCACGCGGCCAAAGCGACGAAAUCUACUCUUCGACAAGGCAAUCUUUUCCCUGGGCACAUUCGUGACGGGGGAGACGAGGUAAAAGAGGAAAAGAGUAUUCACACAGAUUCAACCUCCGAGCUGUUAAACAAGGGGGACAAGUCGGGUUUCGAGAGUGAAGAAGACUUAGGGGCUGCUGCUGGACCCAUGCAUGUCGAUGGUCAUAGUGUAGGUAUUGAGCUCGACGAGCUGAAUUUGGACAUGUUACUGAAUGAACAACUGCCGGCGCAUUCAACUGCCGUGAUUGCCCUCUCAAGCCUCCUUUUCCGCGUCGACGAGAUGAUUGAUAUCACGCGUACUCUUUGCGGCCAGGCCACCUUCCGUGGCUAUGAAGGGCUUCAACAAGACUAUCUUGAUAGAGAGGAAAAAGCGAUAGGUGGGGUGAGACCUUGA